UAGAGGAAACUGCCCAAAGUGGCCGCUGUGGAGGAGCUGGUGGCGGCGAAGGGGGCGUGCGCCGCGAUUCGCUGCUGCCCGGAGGCCAAACGCCCUGCCUGGCCGACCUCGUGCCUCGUUUCCCGCCUGGUACCCGCUCGCUCAGUCCGCGACCCCAGUUCUGCACUGCCGCCUCGGAGAGCCCACGCGCGACCAGCGCGCCAUGAGCCCAGGCGAGCCCGCCGGCGGCGACGCGCGAAAGGAUGGCCCGGCGGGCGGCGGCAGCGGCGGCGGUGGGCGCCCCGCGACGGCGGCCGGGGCCUGGGCGGUGAGCGCGCUGUGCCUGCUGCUCUCCGUGGGCUCGGCGGCCGCCUGCCUGCUGCUGGGCGCGCAGGCGGCCGCGCUGCAGGGCCGGGUGGCGGCGCUCGAGGAGGAGCGGGAGCAGUUGCGGCGCGCGGGGCCGCCGGGCGCCCUGGUCGCCUGGGCCGAGCCGCACCUGGAGCGCCUGCUGCGCGAGAAGUUGGAGGGACUAGUCAAGCUCCGGACAGUUCGGGAAGCGCCCACCGAGUGCAUCUGCCCCCCGGGCCCCACUGGACGGCGCGGCAAGCCUGGAAGAAGAGGCGAUCCCGGUCCUCCCGGGCAAUCAGGACGAGAUGGCUACCCGGGGCCACUGGGUCUGGAUGGCAAGCCUGGACUUCCAGGCCCCAAGGGAGAAAAGGGUGCACCAGGAGACUUUGGCCCCCGGGGAGACCAAGGGCAAGAUGGAGCUGCUGGGCCUCCAGGGCCCCCUGGACCCCCUGGGGCCCGGGGCCCUCCUGGCGACACUGGGAAAGAUGGCCCCAGGGGAGCACCAGGCCCAGUGGGUCCCAAAGGAGCGGCUGGGCAAGACGGUGAGACGGGCCCAAAGGGACCCCCGGGGCCCCAGGGUGAGCCGGGCGUUCCUGGAAAGAAGGGGGAUGACGGGACACCAAGCCAGCCAGGGCUCCCUGGACCCCCAGGGCCCAAGGGCGAGCCAGGGAGCAUGGGGCCUCGGGGAGAGAGCGGCGUGGACGGCGCCCCAGGGCCAAAGGGGGAGCCGGGCCAGCGAGGCACCGACGGAGCCGCAGGGCCACGGGGACCCCCAGGCCUGAAGGGCGAGCAGGGAGACACGGUGGUGAUCGACUACGAUGGCAGGAUCUUGGAUGCCCUUAAGGGUCCUCCUGGGCCACAGGGGCCCCCGGGGCCGCCAGGGAUGGCCGGAGCCAAGGGCGAACUCGGAUUGCCUGGUGCCCCAGGAAUCGACGGAGAAAAGGGUCCCAAAGGACCGAAAGGAGAUCCAGGAGAGGCUGGGCCAACUGGACCCAAAGGGGAAGCAGGAGAGAUGGGCCUGUCGGGCCUCCCGGGUGCCGACGGCCCCAAGGGGGAGAAGGGAGAGCCGGCAUCUGAUAACCUACAGGAGAGCCUGGCCCAGAUCAUAGUGGAACCAGGACCCCCUGGCCUCCCUGGUCCCCCAGGCCCCAUGGGCCUUCAGGGAAUCCAGGGUCCCAAGGGCUUGGACGGAGCAAAGGGAGAGAAAGGCACGUCAGGGGAGAGAGGAGCCAGCGGCCUGCCUGGGCCAGCUGGCCCACCAGGCCUUAUUGGGCUGCCAGGAACAAAAGGAGAGAAGGGCAGACCUGGAGAACCAGGACUAGACGGAUUCCCUGGACCCCGAGGAGAGAAAGGCGACCGGAGCGAGCGUGGAGAGAAGGGGGAGCGAGGCAUCCCUGGCCGGAAAGGAGUGAAGGGCCAGAAGGGUGAGCCAGGACCGCCAGGCCUGGACCAGCCCUGUCCUGUGGGGCCCGAUGGGCUGCCCGUUCCUGGCUGCUGGCAUAAGUGAUUCCCCAGCACCCAGCUCACAACCUGUACAGAUUCGUGUGGACGUUUUUAAUUUCUGUAAAAACAGAACAGUAAUAUAUUGACCUUUUCUUCACGGGAUGUACCACGUGUGGCCUUAUAACAUUUAAGACUGUUCCCGGCCCAGUGCCGGAACGAUCCGCAUGUGAAGCUGGCAGGAAAGUGGACAGGCAGACAGAGGAACUGUGUACUUGAGGGGCACCCACAGGACUGGGCUUUCCCAGGAAGGAAGGAGACGAAGGUACAAGUGCCUGGCUCAGGAGAGGCUGCAGAGAUGUCGGGUCGGGCCUUCAGCCACCUGAUUGGCAGAGAGACUCCGCUGCCCAGUACCCUGUGAGAGCUUGCCUUCUGACUCUGGAGCCCCUGGGGCCCACCCCACCCAAAAAGGCCCAGGGCUUGGAUGGCAAACACAGCUGCUCCUGGCCUCUCUGGCCUCUGGAAUCAGCCACAGCCAGCUGCCCACCCCCUCGGGCCCCCUGGGCCCUAGAUUCACCAGGGCAGGACAAGACUCCCGCCCAGCACUUGCAGCUGGACGCUGGGAGCUACGGAAAGCACCCUGAAUGGGUCUCACUCCCAGCAAGCUCAGUAGGCCUCAGGAGGCCAGCCAGCCAUGAGAACAUGUGUCCUCCGGCCAGGAGCAGAGGCCAAGCACUGUGAUUGCCACCAUGCGGCCCCAAGUGUGGAGGACAGUGGGUCCCAGGUAGGAGUGGCUGCUGCUUCCUGUCUCCACACCACCCAGAGCAGGGGCGUGAUGAGACUUUGCCAGCCUGAGGAGACGGGCCUCCAGCUCAGAGUUUGGGUCUCACUGGCCCCAAGUCUCCCACCCAGGAGAACUCUGGUCAGCCUGCCAGAAAUGGUCCUCUGGGUAAGCUGUGCAGACGAAGAGAGCCUCAGGGCUGGUUCCCGGCCGGCCUGAGCAGGGGGCCUGCGACCUGAGCCGCCCGUGCUCUGAGAAGAGGCUUCCCCACUCUGAUAAGGGUCCCAGCUGCCAGCCCCGGCCCAGCUACUUGCCUCCCUUCUCUGUGUAGAUGGACAUCGCUGCGUGUAAUAAACCACAGAUGUGUGUCAGGGUGUGCCUGUCCUUGCAGACUACCCCUGGGGCGCCCCUGGGUGAGGUUUCAGCCUGGCCAUUGCUGAGUAGGGAGGGACAAAGGGACCCCCUGGGUCCAAACCACCCCAGAAACCAGAGGAAGUAGUUCAGGGUCAGGGCAAAGAUGGGGUUUGGAGUUAGGAAGACACAGACUCAAGGUGUGGUCCUGCCGCGUACUAGCUGAGCUCUCUGUCUAGUCAAUCACUUCAUGAGCCUGUGCGCUCCUCUGAUCCAGUAAUCAGUGAUUGCUGCAUAACAAGUCACCCCAAAACUUGUUGCCUUAAAACAACGAUCCUUUAUAUUUCCGUCUUACAGUUCUGAGGGUACAGGGCUCAGCUGGGUGGUUGUCGCUCAGGCUCUCCCACACCUGGCAGAUGAUGCUGGCUGUCAGCUGGGACCCCAGGUGGCCAGAACACCUCUCUGUGUGGCCUGGGCUCCUUCACAGCAUGGCUGCUGGAUUCCCAGGGUGAAUGUGCCAGGUGGAAGCUGUGUCGUCUUUCAUGGCUAAGCCUCAGAAGUCAUGGUGUCACGUCCUGCCAGAAUCAGAGUUUCACCCUAAUUCAAGGGAAAAGUGUCAGCAUCAUAUUUUAAGGGGAAAAUGUGGGAUAGUAGAUCUUGUUGCAGCCAUCUUAGAAAAUUCAACCUGCCACCUCAUCUGUAAAAUGGGACAGUAAUGCUUACACUCAGAGGGUAGUUGAGUGAGAACCAACUGCGUGGAAUAAGCAAAGAAGCUAGGACAGGUCAGGCACCCAGAAGUGCCCACAGUUCUGAGUUCCCUCUCGCCUCCCCACUCCAAGACCAAGCAAGGGCCACAGUCUUGCAGAGCGUUUCUACAUCUCUUAUCCCAGCUGGUCCUUAUAACAACCCUGAGAGACAGACCCAGCAAAUGUGCCCAUUUCACAGGUGACAAAACCAAGCACAUCCAGGGUGGUGCAGACAAAAAGGGACCUGCAGUGACAGUGUCUCAGGGCUUCUUCCUCCAAGGACUGAGGCCUAAGGAGGCCACAGUAUGGGUAGAAGAGGCCCAGCCACACCCUGGCUGAGGAGGUGGAAGGUGUCAAGUCCCCACCUCUGUCUCCCUAAGUUGCUGGCAAUAAGUGGCAGGCCACACUACUCAGCCAGUCAUCUGGGUUACCGAGGAAGACAGUCGUGUGAAAAGGAAGAGAAACAGUGGUGCUGUGAUGACUAAUGGAGAUCACUGGGUGUCCCAGUGUCCUUUGGAGUUCCAGUAUAACCUCACAAAUCUACUGCACUCUACAGUUUGUAAUUUGCUCUCCCCUCCACCCAGGUACCUCACUGGAUCCCCUCACCAACCCUGUGAAGGACAGGGCCUAUGUGGUUGGUGUCACUAUUGCCACUUCACAUAUGGGAAAACUGAGGCUCUGAGGGUUAGUCGCCUGCCCAGUUGUGGUGGCAGGCUUGGGACCGGACCCAGCCUCUUGGAUGUCCUCCAAUUUGUCUUUCUGAAAUUGCUUGGCAGGGCAUGGAAUCUGCUAGGCAGCGCCAUGAGGCUGGGUGAUUGGCAGGCAGAUCUUCAUGGGGGUAGAAGCCACAUGUUCUCCCUUUCGCAGACACUGGAGGGAGUCCCUUUUCUGCUCCUUUGGGCAGGACAAGGCCAUUCAUGGCCCAUUGCUGCCCCCUUGAGGCCUGAUACCGUGUAGCCUCACGUCUGCAAACUUUUCAACUGCAAACAUCAAAAUUUAGAGCCUGCGGAGUCCCUCCAAGAGAAAGAGACUUGAAGAGAGUGAAUUACUUGCUUGAGGUCCCAGUUGAGACACGGCAGGGUGCCCUGCCUCACAGCUGAGCCUCCUGGACUGAGGGGCCUCACGUCUCCCUGCCAAGAAGGGCAGCUCUGCCUGAAACUACCCCCUUCUGGGAGAGAGGGAAGCACAUUUAUCCAGUCCUGCUGUUGGCCACGGCAGCUAAUCACAUGGAUGACUAUCCCCUUUUGCAGAUGAAUCGAAGGCCUGAGAGGAGUGGGCUUACCCGGGUCUCCUUCUUCCUGAUCCCUAGGAUACUGCAUGGGAUGCUUUCGACAGUUGCAAUGAUUGGGGGACACUCCUGGCAUUCAGUGGGCAGGGCUGGGGAUAUCAAACAUCUGAAAUGCAUGGGACAGUCCAGGCCAAUGAUGAAUCACGUCACCAAGAAGGCCAGUGCUGCCCACACUGAGCCACACCAUGCCCUGGGUUCAAAUCUUGACUCGGCCAUUUCUUCCCAUCCCCUGCCCUGUUCGUCUCCAGUGGCAUCUGGAAGGCCAGGCAUGACAUAAUGGACAGAGCAGUGCUUAGCAUGGGGCCAGAGGCAGGAAGGAGUGGGCUUUUCUGAGUUGGAAGAAGGGGAGGCUUCCUGUUGUCAUCCCGUCCCUGUUAUAGAUACUUUGGCCCAGAAAUGGCCCAGCCUGGUCUAACCUCCAACUGUAUUACCUCCUGACCCUGGACAUUCCGGGAGUGGGUGAGAUGUGGGCUGGGCCUGGCUGCAGGCCUCUCACCCUCCACCCAAGGCAGGAAGAGCCCCUGAACCAACCUGACUUCUCUGCACUGUCCUGGGCCACAAGGCAGGCUUGUGUUCAGACUCAAACAGGACCAAAGAUGGGCCUCAAACAGGACUCUCAGACUCCUCCCUGCUCCCCCCACCCCACACACACACAUGCACCAAACACAUUACAUUAAAAGCUGGAACCACAGGGCAUAGUCACCUAUGGGUCUCCCCACCAAAGAGGAGGAGCAGAUCCAUUGAGAAAACCAGCAACCUUGGUCCCACUCACAUUUCACACACCGGGAGGGAGUCUUGAUCCUCACAAAACAAGUACAGGGUACAAGCAAACUCUCUUGGUUAAUUUGGGAGGAAUUUUUUUUUUUUCAAGAAUCAUACAUAAGGUUCAAUUCAGCUUUACCAUUAAAAAUAAGAAACUUCAUUCAGUUUGGGAAGAUGAAAAAGUUUUGCAGAUGGAUGGUGGUGAUGGUUGCACAAUGUGAAUGUUCUUAAUGCCACUGAACUGUACACUUAAAAUGGUAAAUUUUAUGUUAUAUAUGUUACCAUAUAUAAAUAAAUGAGACACCAAAUGUUCUUUAAUAAAUGCCUUAAGCAU